UGCGCGAUGCUCUCUACUCAUGAUCUUCCCCACAUUCGUUAUAAUGCCCCAGAUGAUAUCAUCUGGCGCCACACAUCGUGGAUUCGUUAUUGGGAAAAAGACAUCUGGGUACUUCCAAUUCAUUGUCCGUCAGGCAUUGGACACUGGGUGAUGUGCAUCAUCCAGUUGUCGACCAAAGAACUUUACCUUUUUGAUAGCAUGGGUGAUAGGACGCCUUGGCAAAGUGACAGUCAAAGUGAGUUUAAUUUUAAAGUGUCCUUUUCAUCUGAUUGA